UAUAGUCCCUCUCUCUCUCUCUCUCACAUCCUUCAUCAUCUUCUCGUAGAGCCAGCGAGAGAGAGAGAGAGAGAGAGCUGAAAUUAGUGAGAGGAUUUUCUUCCGGUAUUUUCUCUCUCCAAACACUGUUCUACACGUAGUCGGAAAAUACAAAGAUUUUCCCGACAAAAUCUCUAAAAACCUAUCUUCCGAAUCGAUCUUAGUCAGAGAGAGAGAGGCAUUCAGUGUUGAAAAGGAUUAAACUUUGGAAAGAAGAAGAUGAAGAACAAGACCAAUUUAGGUCUCUCCGUCUUCUUCUUCUUCUUCUGUCUCGUUGCCGUGAAAUCAGAUCUAGAAGCUGAUCGAAGAGCUCUAAUUGCUCUCCGCGACGGCGUCCAUGGCCGUCCUCUCCUCUGGAAUCUAACCGCACCACCUUGUACUUGGGGAGGAGUUCAAUGCAAUGCGGGUCGGGUCACAGCACUCCGAUUACCCGGUGUGGGUUUAUCGGGCCCGUUGCCAAUCGCAAUCGGAAACCUAACUCAGCUCGAAACCCUAUCUUUCCGAUUCAACGCCCUCACCGGUCCAAUCCCGCCGGAUUUCGCUAACCUAACUCUCCUCCGAUACUUGUAUCUCCAAGGAAACGCCUUCUCCGGCGAGAUUCCUUCGUUUCUCUUCACUUUACCUAGCGUGAUUCGGAUCAACCUUGCCCAGAACAACUUCUCGGGUCGGAUCCCGGAUAAUGUCAAUUCUGCGACCCGGUUAGCUACUCUCUACUUGCAGGAUAAUCAGCUCACCGGUUCGAUCCCGGAGAUCAAGAUUCCGCUUCAGCAAUUCAAUGUCUCAUCGAAUCAAUUAAACGGGUCGAUACCGGAUCCGUUGUCGGGUAUGCCCAAAACCGCUUUUGAAGGCAACUCGCUCUGUGGGAAGCCGUUGGACGCUUGUUCCGUCACCGUCGCCGGAAACGGCACUAAAACAGUCGGAAAAGGCAACAGCGACAAGUUAUCCGCCGGAGCUAUUGCCGGAAUAGUGAUUGCUUGUUUCGUCGUGCUUCUCUUGCUCUUCCUGAUCUUGUUCUGUCUCUGCAGAAAGAAGAAGAAAGAGGACAAUGUCCAGUCUAGAAACAUCGAAGCAGCUCCUGUUCCCACCUCAUCAGCCGCCGUGGCCAAGGAAUCGGCGGUGGCCAAUGCCGCUCACCCGGUGGCUAACGGUGCACCACCGUCAUCUGAAAACGGUGCAUCAAAGACCCCUGCAGUGAGUAAAGAUCUGACAUUUUUCGUGAAGUCGUUAGGCGAAUUCGAUCUCGAUGGGUUGCUAAAGGCUUCUGCGGAAGUUCUUGGUAAAGGAACACUGGGAUCAUCGUACAAGGCGAGUUUUGAUCACGGAUUAGUGGUGGCUGUGAAACGAUUGAGAGAUGUGGUGGUGCCUGAGAAAGAGUUUAGAGAGAAAAUGCAGGUUCUUGGAUCACUUAGCCAUGUCAAUCUCGUGACAUUGAUCGCUUAUUACUUCAGCCGCGAUGAAAAGCUUGUCGUUUUCGAAUACAUGUCCAGAGGAAGCUUGUCCGCGCUUUUACACGGGAACAAAGGAAGUGGUAGGAGUCCAUUGAAUUGGGAAACAAGAGCCGGUAUAGCUCUAGGAGCUGCGAGAGCGAUUAGUUACCUUCAUUCACGUGACGCGACAACAUCUCAUGGCAACAUUAAAUCUUCUAACGUCCUCUUGUCUGAAUCCUUUGAGGCUAAGGUCUCUGACUACUGUCUUGCUCCUAUGAUCAGUCCUACAUCUACACCUAACCGCAUUGAUGGUUACCGUGCUCCUGAAGUAACCGAUGCUCGUAGAAUUUCCCAAAAGGCUGAUGUUUACAGCUUCGGUGUUCUACUUCUUGAAUUACUCACAGGGAAAUCUCCAACGCACCAGCAGUUAACCGAAGAAGGAGUAGAUUUACCGAGAUGGGUUUCAUCAAUCACUGAACAACAAUCACCGUCAGAUGUGUUUGAUCCAGAGCUAACAAGGUAUCAAGCGGACGGUAAUGAGAACAUGAUCAGGCUUUUGAAGAUUGGUAUAAGUUGUACGGCUCAAUAUCCAGACAGUCGUCCUUCAAUGCCUGAAGUCACGAGGCUCAUCGAGGAGGUUUCUCGUUCGUCUGGUUCACCAGGUCCUUUGUCUGAUUGAUUUUUUUCUUUUUCUUUUUCGGUGGUGGGGUCUAAAUUGAUCGAUUUCAAAAUUGUUUGGUCUCAAUUUGAAUUUCUUUAAAUAGUUUGUUCGGUGAUUAUUGAAGUCAGUUCAGAAAUACAUUGAAGAUUUUUUUUUUUUUCCAUAGUUGACGAUUUUUAUGAAUUGUUUAAAUA